AUGCCUUUCGCGGGGCGGCAUCCAACCUCCAAAAAAAAAAAAAACCAUGAUCCGACUUUAACGCCCGACUCUCCUCUCCUCUCCUCUGCUCUCCUCUGCUCUCCUCUGCUCUCCUCUGCUCUCCUCUGCUCUCCUCCCCUCUCCUCUGCUCUCCUCCCCUCUCCUCUGCUCUCCUCCCCUCUCCUCUGCUCUCCUCCCCUCUCCUCUGCUCUCCUCCCCUCUCCUCUGCUCUCCUCCCCUCUCCUCUGCUCUCCUCCCCUCUCCUCUGCUCUCCUCCCCUCUCCUCUGCUCUCCUCCCCUCUCCUCUGCUCUCCUCCCCUCUCCUCUGCUCUCCUCCCCUCUCCUCUGCUCUCCUCCCCUCUCCUCUGCUCUCCUCCCCUCUCCUCUGCUCUCCUCCCCUCUCCUCUGCUCUCCUCCCCUCUCCUCUGCUCUCCUCCCCUCUCCUCUGCUCUCCUCCCCUCUCCUCUGCUCUCCUCCCCUCUCCUCUGCUCUCCUCCCCUCUCCUCUGCUCUCCUCCCCUCUCCUCUGCUCUCCUCCCCUCUCCUCUGCUCUCCUCUGCUCUCCUCUGCUCUCCUCUGCUCUCCUCUGCUCUCCUCCCCUCUCCUCUGCUCUCCUCCCCUCUCCUCUGCUCUCCUCCCGUCCCCUCUCCUCUCCCCCACAAUGGGCAAAUCAUCCAAAGACAAGCGGGACGCGUACUACCGGCUCGCCAAAGAGCAAGGCUGGCGCGCCAGAAGCGCCUUCAAGCUCCUCCAGCUCGACCAAGAGUUCAACCUGUUCGCCAACGUGACGCGCGUGGUCGACCUCUGCGCCGCGCCCGGGUCCUGGUCGCAGGUGCUGUCGCGGGUUCUCAUCCAGAAGGAGCAGUUCGGGCACAGGGCGUGGCAAGACGACGAAGCCCGCCUCCGCCGGGCCAUGCUGGGCGUCGUGCCGGCGUCGACGACGAGCCCGGCCGGGGGGUCGAGGUCUGGGGCGACAUCCCCGCGCCGGCCCUGCGACGACGCCAAGAUCAAGAUCGUGGCCGUGGACCUGCAGCCCAUGGCGCCGCUGGCGGGCAUCACGACGCUGCGGGCCGACAUCACGCACCCCGCGACGGUGCCGCUGCUCCUGCGGGCCCUGGACGCGGACGCGGACGCGGACACGGACGCGGACCCGGCGCCCGGCGGCAGGGCCUCGCGCCCCGUGGACCUGGUGCUGAGCGACGGCGCGCCCGACGUCACGGGCCUGCACGACCUGGACAUCUACGUGCAGAGCCGGCUGCUGCUCGCGGCGCUGAACCUGGCGCUGUGCGUGCUCCGGCCGGGCGGCACGUUUGUCGCCAAGAUCUUCAGGGGCCGCAACGUCGACGUGCUGUACGCGCAGCUGGGCGUCUUCUUCGGAAAGGUGGCCGUGGCGAAGCCCAGGAGCUCGAGGGCCAGCAGCAUGGAGGCCUUUGUCGUGUGCUCCGACUUCAGGCCGCCCCCGGGCUUCCGCGCCAGUCUGGAGGAGCCCCUGGGCCUGGGGGACGGGCUGGACGCCAUGGUCAAGGAGAGGGAGCUGCAGUUGCCGGCUGCGGCUCGCGCGGCCAUGCAGAAUCCGCAGACGGGCGCGUGGGAUUGCACCUGCGCCGCCGGGGCGUCCGUCGCGGGCGUCGCUGCGCCUGCUUCUCCUGCCGUGACGGAGAUGCACGUCCAUGACGACACGAGACGUGCCCGUGGCACUUGCACUGGCACUGGCAGCGGCAGCGGCUCAAGUACGCGAUGGAUUGCGCCGUUUGUUGCUUGCGGAGACCUGUCAGCCUUCGACUCCGAUGCGUCCUAUCUGCUCCCCGAGGACCACGUCUCUCUGGAUCCCGUGCAACCUCCCAUUGCGCCGCCGUAUAAACGAGCCAUUGAAUUGAGGGCUGCACAAUCCAGGGCUGUACACUAA